AUGGAGACCCAACCCAAAGCACGCCUCAGUGGCAUCCCGCGCCCAGUUUCGAGAUUACCUUUGCCUACAGCCUCGUCGAUACCGAUCAGACCUUCGCCCUCCCGCGAGAGAUUGCGAGCCGAUCCUGGAAUCGAUGAUCGACGAUUACGUCGGCCUUCUCGCGAAUCGCUACGAUCGAAGACAUUACCACGCUAUUCGCCAGUCAAGUCUACCGAGAAUGCGCUUCCAGAACAUAAUGAACCUUUCAAUGAAGUGGCUGAUGAGCUACAAUUGGAGACACAGACGUCAGAGGAGGUGGAAAGAACUGCUGACGAUGAGGAGGUGGGAACAGCCCAGGAAGAUCGAGGUCGACGAGAAGAACGACCGUCGUUGUCGGAGCGGACGAUUGGGACUUUGUCAAAUAUCUCACCGUCUCCAGCAUCUGUGAAACGACAGUCGAGCUUUUUCAACGGGGUCAGCCCAAUGCGCUCCCCAUCGCGGACGCCAUCAAAUGUGUCCAACUACUCGCAAUCGCCUUCCCGCUCAUCUUCGGGUCAGCACCACAACGGGAGCGAGACAUUUCCGGGACCCGUUUCGAAAUUGCGCUUGCCAUCCAAUUCUCGCGUGUCAACUCCUUCAUCUCUUUGGACGAGCGAUACUCAUGAUAUCGCGGAAGCAAGCGAAAGCCCUUCUAAAUUGAGAUUCCCACCAGCAAAGCAGACCGGAACAGAUACGGCAGCUUCUGAGAUCAGUGCGCCGCUGAGGAAACCUGUGGCUAUCCCUGGACGAUCGAGUGUAUACGGAGGCAAUAAGGAUGUAUCUGCUACCGCUUCACCUGCUCGUUUCAUACCAAAAAAGAUCACCAAAAAGCCUUCUCAAACCGACAUGGGUCCACCGGAUCGACCGCUCACCGUACGCAAGACCCGGAAGCCCCAAGCAGACUCGCCAUCCACCAUGAGGUCGCCUUCUACCGCUUCCAGAUAUUUUUCCACCGCUUCGAGCAUGCCGGAGGAAUUGGACCCAGAGCAACAGGCGGAAGCCGAAGCCAGAAAAGCUACCAAAUCGUCUAACGCACUACGGGAGAGCAUCGCAAAAGCCAAAGCUGCGAAGAAGGCGGCGACGGCAAAGAAGAUGAACACUCCCAAGGCCGAGGCUGCUGAUCCGUGGGCGAGCACUGAUGCCGGGGAUCCCUUCAACCAAUUAACCAAGGAGUCCAAUCCUGGUGUACUCCGAAAACGUGUGGAGACAGCUCGCGCAACCGGUCAGUUGAAUAUCGCUGCGCUUUCUUUGACUGAGAUCCCCAAGGAAGUGCUGGAUAUGUACAAAUUCGAUCCGAAUGCCUCGUCCAACUGGUUUGAAAAUGUCGACCUUUCCAAGUUUAUCGCUGCAGACAACGGGUUCACCGAAAUCUCGGAUGAGACGUUUCCUGACAUUGAUAUGGAGGACUUUGACCCGGAAAGUAAUGAGCGGGGUCCGCAGUUUGGAGGCAUUGAAACAUUAGACCUCCAUGGGAACGUUUUGCAGACUCUACCAAUGGGUUUGAGAAGAUUGCAGCAACUACGCAGUCUUAACCUCUCAAACAAUUCUCUGUCCAUCGAGAAUAUCCAAGUUGUUGUGGAGAUUCCAUCUCUGGUGGACCUGAAGCUGGCAAAUAACCAACUACAAGGGCGGUUCCCUUCGGAUAUUGGCCGACUUCGCAGUCUGGAAACACUGGACUUGCAUUGCAACAAGCUGACAGAACUUCCGCAUGAACUGGGCGAACUCACAUCCUUGAAAUCAUUGGAUGUUGGCGAGAAUCAGCUGACAUACCUGCCCUUUGAAGAGUUGAGCAAGCUGCCUUUGAAGACGAUCAAUGCACCAAAGAACAGGUUGGCGGGUACUCUGAUUCCAGCUUCAGUGGACCGUCUCGAGACCCUGCAGUCACUCAAUAUUGCGAACAAUUUGGUAGACAUCUUUUCUGCGAAUGAGAUGCUGUCUUGCCCCAGUUUACAUAGCCUGUUUAUGGGGAUCAACCGAAUCAAACGCCUGCCGUGCGUGUCAUCUUGGCAAUCGCUGCUGACUCUUUCGGCAGAAGACAACAAGAUUGCUGAGCUCCCGGUGGGCUUUCCAGAGCUCAGAAGCAUCAAGACUGUCGAUCUUACUGGGAAUGACAUUUCACGCCUGGACGAGAAGAUCGGAUUCAUGGAGAGCCUCACAUCAUUCCGCAUCGGCAAUAACCCACUCCGCGAGCGUAGGCUUUUGAGCAUGGACACCGAGCAGCUCAGACAAGACAUGCGCAGUCGCUAUGAGCCCGACCCUCAAGACACAGAUGACGAGGGCUCAGUGGCGACCCAGUUCACACUUGCACCGGAGACCCCGAGUCUUGAUAACGGCUGGCGGAUCCGGCCUGGCGGCGUCCUUGAUAGAUCAUAUUCCGAACUGACAGACCUGGAAACCGAAAAGCUAGAACUGAUCGCCUUGGAAGAUGUUCGCAGCCUUUACUUGCAGCACAACGAUCUACACUGCUUCCCCGUCCCUGCACUUGGAAUGCUUGCGAAGGGGUUGAUUGAGCUUGACAUCUCCCACAAUCCUCUGGAUAGCCGUGACCUAAUUCCUACGACCAUCGAACUGCCAAAGUUGCAAACCCUCAAUUUGAGUGUCUCCAGAUUAUCUUCCCUGGAGUCUCUGCUUUCUCGUCUGAUCGCGCCAUCAUUAUCCGUCUUGGAUAUUUCUAACAACCGGCUGACGGGGCCCCUACCACACCUUCGUUCAGUCUUUCCAGCUCUCAAGACCAUUCUGGCCUCCGAUAACCAGCUCUCUCGCUUAGAUUUCGAAGUGGUGCAGGGUCUGCAGGUUCUCGACGUCAGUAACAAUGACAUUGAUUACUUGCCGCCCAAGAUUGGUCUGUUGAGCGCUGAACGCUCCCCUCGAAACUGGGGCGACAAUGGAUCGGCCUUGAGAAGGUUUGAGGUUGCUGGCAAUCGGUUCCGCGUGCCUCGUUGGCAGGUGGUUGCCAAGGGCACUGAUGCUGUUUUGGAAUUUCUGAAAGACCGUAUCCCUGCUGGUGAUCUCCCUGAAUGGGAGGAGAACGUUGCGGCAGCUGAUGAAUUCUGA